AUGGCACCCAAAAUUACAACCAACACCGCCUUAACGACAUCAUCAUCAUCCUCUUCAUCUGGCAAACUCAACAGGACAUUAAAAAAGCCCAUGUCAUCAUCAUCACAAAGACCACGCAUCAAUCUCAACUAUGCCUUGUAUUUACAUCGUGAAGAGCUGCAAAGACGUCGCAUGUCAAAGAUGCGUGUAUCGCAAACAAAGUUGAUGUUAACCCACGAAUUAAUCACCAACACCAUAAAAAAUAUUGACAAAUGUUCGGCGGAUGAUCUACAAUCGUUGAGCCGUGAAACGGUAUUUAAAAAUAAUCUUCAACGUCAUAUCGCCCGUCAGCGACAUCAUCAAUAUUUGCAAAUGUUAAGAAUGAAACAACAACGAAACGCUACAGUGGCUCAAUGCAAUACAAAUGCAACACAAAUUCCUCAGAAAUUGUCAACGGUUAACAACAACUGUAUUCGACCGUCAAUGUCGAUGAAUUGUUAG